AGUUUAACUUUUAUAAUUUGUCUGUUUCUACCCAUACUUAGCUCUCAUUAUUUUAGUUUAAUCUAAGUUUACUUUUUCCUUUUAAAAGGUUUGCGCAAACAUGGUGCAUUAUGUUUAAAAGGACUUUUCAGCAUUCUCUCUUACUACCAUGGCUUCUGACGAGAUAGUCAAAGAAGUGGACGACUACUUCCGGCUAUACAAAAGCGGCCGCAUUGAGCGUUUCUACGACGUGCAUGGUUCUUUUUACGUUCCCCCUUCACCAGAAAACCCAUCAAACGGUGUCUUUUCCAAAGACGUUACUAUCUCACCCCACGUAUCCGCCAGACUCUACCUACCUGAAAACACCACCGAUGCCCAAAAACUCCCCGUCUUAGUGCAUUACCACGGUGGUGGACUUUGCAUCGAAUCCGCCUUCUUUAUUUGGAUUCACCGUUAUGUUAACUCUUUAGCUUCUGAGUUAAACGUCAUUGUUGUUUCUGUAGAUUACCGCUUAGCCCCAGAAGUUGAUGUACCAACUAUUUACGAAGAUUGUUGGAAUGCACUUCAAUGGGUCGCUUCGCAUGCUAAUGAAAAGUACUCCUCCAGUAUUAAUAAUAGAGACUCAUGGUUAACAAAUUAUGGUGAUUUUAGUGAAUUGUUUUUAGUUGGGGACAGUGCUGGUGGCAAUAUAGUGUACCAUAUGACUAUGAGGGCUGGCAAAGAAAGCUUGAAUAAUGAGGUGAAAGUUACUGGAUCAAUUCUUGCUUAUCCUUAUUUCUUAAUUCGAAAUAUAGAUAUUGAUGAAGAGGGGUUGGCUUAUAAGAUUUGGGUUAAUAUUUGUCCGCCAUUAGAGUCUGGAUUAUUAUCCCCAAUUGAUAGUCCAUUAAUUAACCCAUUUUCUGAAAAGGCUCCAUCGUUAUCAGGGCUAGGUUGUUCAAGACUUUUGUUAUGUAUGGGAAAAAAAGACUAUGUAAUUCCAAUAGAAAUUGGGGGUCGAUUUGUUGAAGGGGUGAAUAAGAGUGGGUGGAAUGGAGAAUUGGAGUUUGUUGAGAUUGAUGAAGGACAUUCUUUUCAGAUUUAUAAACCUGAAUCUGAAGAAGCUAAACGUAUGAUGAAGUGUUAUGCAGCUUUUGUCCAUCGCCAAUGAUACCCAAAGUUUGUUACGUCAGCUUGUUGGAUUUGUGACAUUGUUGUUUGCUUUCUCUUGCAUCUUUAUUUCUGUCUCGGAUCGAUUUGCAUAAUAAAACAUGAUUUUAAGCAAGUACAAAGAAAAUCGGGAAUUUUUUUAUAAAAAUAUGUAAUUUUCUUGUAUUCAAAUUCUAACUAUUACAGGAGAUCAUGAAAUCAUUUCCU